UCGUCGGUAUCGUCUCGGUGGUUGGUCAGUUGACGAGCAGAGGCGGUCGAGUUAAGUUCGACGCGAUCGUCGAGAGUUCCAUCCCGUCCGAGUACCGGAAAAACGAGAGCACCACCGUUGACGGGAAAGGAGUUGACAACGAAGGAGGAACGUUCCUCGAGUGCGUUCUGGAGCGCGAUAUACACGAGCGCACGAUGAGUUGCCGACGUUCAGGGUCAUCGUGGCCACACGUUGCUUGAAAAAAGAUAUCGAGGACGGACUCGUGAUCAAGCUGGAACACUAGGCCCCCACGCGGGAGGUCUGUCCUAGGGGAGCAGGAUGAUAGAUCCCAGUUCGUCGGAAGAGAGCGACGAAGAGAAGAAGGACGCGAAGGAUGUCGGAGGCGGUGGAGCCGGUGGAGGAGCCCGCGGUGGGAGCGGUAGCUCGUACGGGACUCGUCGUCAGAUCGGUCCAGGUGGAGGCCUCGGGGGCGCGAGCGGUCCCGCGUCGGGAAGCGUCAGCUCCCUGGCCUCGGGACUGACCGCGUCGCCUGGAGGAUCGAGUCACGGCCCCAUCGGGACUCCUCGCGCCGGUACCGCUGGCCAGGAUGGCUCGGGCCACGACUCCAAUCUCUCCGCGGCGAGGAACUCGUUGUCGCCGUCGAUGUCUGCCGCGCAGGACGCGGCCAACUACUCUCAGAGGCCCAACAGUCCCUCGCCAUCGGUCGCCAGCGAGAAAACCGACGCGGAUCCGCAGGACAAACAGGAGCGUGAAGAGGAGGAGAGGAAAACUAGGAUACAGUUGUACGUGUUCGUAUCGCGGUGCAUCGCGUAUCCGUUCAACGCCAAGCAACCGUUGGAUAUGACGAGGCGUCAGCUGAAGGUGACCAAGCAACAACUCGAGACGAUAUCCUCCCGGUUUCAGAGUUUCUUAAAUGGCGAAACGCAGAUAAUGGCCGACGAAGCAUUCCACAACGCUAUAAAGAAUUACUACGACGUAUUUUUAACGUCGGACAGAGUGAUCGAGAUGGUGCAAGGGGGUGCUUGCUCUCAGCUCGAUUUCCGCGAGGUAUUCAAGAAGAACGUCGAGAUGCGUGUUCGACGCCUCCCGGAAAUCGAUGGGUUGAGCAAAGAGACUGUGCUUACGUCCUGGCUGGCCAAAUUCGAUUGUAUCAUGAAAGGUACGGGUGACGAGGAGACCAAGAGGCCCUCCAGGAUGCAACAGCAGUCUUUGAUUUCGGACAUGAUACUGUCCAAGGAGCAGUUGUACGACAUGUUUCAGCAAAUCCUUGGCAUCAAAAAGUUUGAGCACCAGCUUCUGUUCAACGCCCUCCUGUUGGACUCAGCCGACGAACAGGCUGCCGCCAUCAGGAGGGAGCUGGACGGUCGUCUUCAAAGAGUGAACGAGAUGGAAAAGAAUCGCAAGCUCAUGCCCAAGUUCCUGUUAAAAGAGAUGGAGUCGCUCUACAUCGAGGAGCUUAAGUCGUCUAUCAACGUCCUAAUGUCUAAUUUGGAGCUGUUACCAGUUUCUAAGGGUUCGAUAGACAGCAGAUACGGACUGCAGAAGCUGAAGCGCUACAAUCGUCGUGAGCGCUCCCGCUGCCGCGGUCAGGGGUCUCUUUCGAAAUUGGAGAGCGACUCCGCCGAUUCUGAAACACAGUUGACCAAGAUGGACGUAGGCCUGACUUUCCAGUUGGCCGUAGUCGUAAUCGAGGUCAGGGGCUUGAAGAGUUUGCCACCGAACAAAAUUGUUUACUGCACGAUGGAAGUCGAGAGUAACAAGCUGCAGACUGAUCACGCCGAGGCCUCCAAACCUAUGUGGGACACUCAAGGGGAUUUCACGACCAUGCAACCGCUACCAGUGGUCAAAGUUCGUCUUUAUACAGAGAACUCCGCCAUACUGGCGCUCGAAGACAAAGAACUGGGCAAGGUUAUCAUAACACCCCCGUUUGCUCCCAAACAACCAGAAUGGUAUCGAAUGACCGUCCCGAAGAACUGUCCCGAUCAGGAUCUUCGAAUAAGGAUCGGUUGUCGAAUGGACAAGCCUUUCAAUAUGAAGCACUGCGGUUACCUUUACGCGAUAGGCAAAUCCGUGUGGAAGAAGUGGAAGAAGAGGUACCACGUGCUGGUGCAGGUCUCGCAAUACACGUUCGCCAUGUGUUCGUACAAAGAGAGACGAAGCGAGCCGUCGGAGAUGAUGCAACUCGACGGAUAUACGGUCGACUACAUCGAGCAAGAUUCUGCCAAUAUGAUGGUCGGCGCGAACUUGGACGGUGGAAGGUAUUACUUCAACGCCGUUCGCGAAGGAGACAAUAUAGUGUUCGCCUCGGACGACGAGAACGAGUGUCAGACGUGGGUGAUGGUUAUGUACAGAGCGACCGGACAAUCGCACAAGCCUACGCCACCAGUCUCGGUCGCUGAUAAGAAUUCUACCAUUAGCAAGAUACAGGGCGACGCUGACAGAGCGAAGAAGCACGGCAUGGAGGAUUACAUUAGCGCGGAUCCUUGCAAAUUCGAUCAUCACGCUCUGUUCAAAUUUCUACAAAACUUGAUCCUGGAUUACCGAUUGAACGAUCCGUAUUGCUCCUUGGGCUGGUUCUCGCCAGGCCAGCUGUUCGUUUUGGACGAAUACUGCGCCAGAUACGGCGUGCGCGGAUGCUUUCGUCAUCUGUGUUACCUGAACGAUCUGCUGGACAGAAUCGAUCGAGGAUUCAUGAUAGAUCCGACCCUGGUGCACUACAGUUUCGCCUUUUGCGCUUCCCACGUGUACGGGAACAGGACCGACAGGGUCGUAUCCAUCACCCACGAGGAGAAGGACAAAUUUCAGGACAUCAAGGAAAGACUGAGACAGAUUCUCGAAAAACAAAUUACCAACUUUAGGUACAGCUUCCCGUUCGGUCGUCCCGAGGGCACGGUGAAGGCUACGCUGUCCCUUCUGGAACGUGUGAUGAUGAAGGAUGGAGUCAGUCCCGUCGACACGGAGGAAGUGAAAGCCCUGAUCAAGAGCUGCCUGGAAACGGCAGCCUUGGUUAAUUACACGAAACUCUCCGCCGAGGCGAAGAUCGAGGACGAUCUGAGUGGCGACGUUUGUGUUCCACCGAACAAGAAGCUCGCUGAUCUCAUACAGCUCGCCGAAAUGUGCGUGGAUCUCCUACAACAGAACGGAGAACAUUAUUCGGAGGUUGUACCGCAGGCGUUCGCCUGGUUUAGCGAUCUUAUGGUGGAGCACGCCGAGAUCUUCUGGUCGUUGUUCGCCGUCGACAUGGACAAAGUGCUCGCGGAACAACCGCCCGAUACCUGGGAUAGUUUCCCUCUCUUCAAAGUGUUGAACGACUACCUCAGGGAAGACGACAAUUUGAAGAACGGUAGGUUUCACCAGCAUCUACGCGACACGUUCGCGCCGUUGGUGGUGUGUUACGUGGACCUGAUGGAGACGUCGAUGGCCCAGUCGAUCCAAAAGGGCUUCGAGAAGGAACGUUGGGAGAUCAAGGGGAACGGAUGCGCCACCUCGGAGGAGCUAUUUUGGAAACUGGACGCCCUUCAAUCGUUCAUCAACGAUCUUCACUGGCCGGACAUGGAGUUUCGUCAACACCUGGAACAAAGGCUGACGUUAAUGGCCAGCGACAUGAUCGAAUUCUGCAUCCAAAAAACGUGCACCGCUUUCCAGUCGUGGCUGAAGAAAGGUGUAACCUUCACCUCGACGGAUUACAUCAUACCAUCGGAAAUGUGCGCGAUGGUAAACGUUAUGUUGGACGCGAAAAACCAAAGCUUCGAACUUUGCACCAUCGAUGGCGUCGACGUGCACCAGUAUCACGCCUCGAUCGACGAUCAGAUAGAGAAAAAAUCGGCCACUAUGACCCAAGGGUUGAUCAAUAAGCUAGUCACGGUUCUGGAGACGACCCUGUCCAAGCUGUCCCGUUACGACGAGGGAUCCCUUAUAGGUUCCAUCCUUAGCCUUACGAAAGUAUCGGGGAGCGGAAAAGAAAUGGGACAGGCCUACGUGAGUUUUACGAGGAACUGUAUGGAUCAGAUUCGCGGCAAGGUGUUGGACGAACUGUGGAUCUUGACGUUCUUCGAGCAAUGGUACACGGCGCAAAUUCAGAUGCUGUGCAAUUGGCUAUCGGAAAGGCUUGAUCACAGUUUACAUCUACACCAAUGUACCUGUCUCGCCCACAUCGUGAAGAAGAUUUAUUCCGACUUCGAGCUGCAGGGUGUCACGGAGGAGAAACUGAAUUCGAUGACAUAUCAGACUAUAUCUAAGAGGAUGCAAACGGAAGAAGCGACUUGUGCCUUAACCAUGAGCGCUCAGAACGAAGAGGGGCUUUCGGAGAAUGGUAACGACGACGAGGUGGAGCGGCCAAAAACAAAAGUAACCGUCGUCGAAAACGUGGAUGGGGAAGACGCCACUUAUGUGUCCAACAUCAGCAACGUCACCUCGAACGUUGUUGGGAAAGUUGGAAGUAUGUUCGGCAAGGGCAUCGGUGGCCUUUCUACGAAAUUCGGUGGAACCAGUUGGUUCUGAUUAUUAUAAUUACCCUUAUUAUUAUUCUUAUUAUUGUUACGAUUAUUAUGAUUACGAUUAUUAUUCUUAUUAUUAUGAUUACCGUCGUCGUCAUCAUCAUCGUUAACAUUAUGAUUAUUGUCGUCGUCGUCGUCAUCGCCAUUACGAUUUUUAGUAUUCCACCAAUAAUUCUAUAUUCAACUAGUGCGUUCCUUUGUCUACACAUAUGUACAUACACACACCGAGAGAGAGUUUCGAUGGCGGGACUGUCCAAAGUACGGUUUGGUCAUUCGUUCGCGCCACGAUUCGUCGAUGGAAGAAUCGUCGUUCGCUACGAUCGAACGAAAGAAUAUAAAUCUUAUCGCUUCGGCACAGACGCGCGUUUUCGUAACUUGUUUUCCGUCAGACCUGUGCGCGUUUCGACAAAAAAAGAAAUUUCGUUUCGUUGUUCGAUCACGUUCGGCCGUUCGUCCAAGAGAAACGUUGCAUUUCCCUCUUUCGAAUCGGCAGCUGGCGCUGGCAGCUGAAAGGAACGCGGAGACGGGCGAUAUUAUAUUUCCCCUAUUGGAUCGGUUAUUCGGAUACGUAUCAAUUGUUCUCGGUUGCCAAUGCUACCGAUUCUUACAUGACGAUCGAAACGAAAACUACCGCAAGCAGGAACACCGUGGUGUCGAAAGUCGCGUACAGAUAGAGGAGCUGAGGCAACCGAAGAGGUACAAGCGCUCGAAUUUCGGCCGCAUGUUCCUUCCAUUGCCUUGGCACUUCUAGGUCUGUACCAGGCUGAGGACGAUGCAUAUUCUCGGGCGUGUAGUAUCAUUUCUUUCGGUAGAACUUCAUCAUCGACCUCGUUUACAACGAAUAUGAACUAUAGACGGGACAGAAUCAAAUACCAAAUGUCCUCUCGAGACCGUUAAUCGCGGCAAUCGUAGCUUCUAACUUAUACGUCCUCUUUUGCCUCUCUGUUCGAUGAAACGAAUGCGCAAUGUCGGGAGUAUCGUGCAGCCAGAGUUGAGCGAAGUUUUAUUAAUCUUCUAUUUAACAAAUUUUUAAUUUGUAUUAUAUCUUAAAUGUCACGAAUAUUUCAAUUCGAGUCUAGAGUUUGAGAAAAAUAAAAAGGGAUUUGAAAUGAUCGCGAUAUGUAUCGUUUAUUGUUACUUUGCUUAUUUUACGUAUUAAAUAAUGCUGAACUCUGCGAGCAGCCAAUAUCUCGACUAUAGUAAGCGCGCGUGUUUAUCGAAUAAAGUAGCUUAGAUCGCUUAAAAUUAGUAUUUCCAACGAUUCGAUACAAUCGUUGCUGUUGGACGAACAUUCGAGUUCAGCGUUUGUGCCAUAUCAACCGAAACUACGCCUCUAAGGCUUGUUAAGGGCAUUCUACAAGAGCCUUUCUCGUUGAACCUCAUCGUGUCUACGAUAUAUCUAUUACUAUUUACUCCCCCACCCUCUCUACUUGUCUCUACUCGUGUACCUGUUUCAGUCCCUGCCCAACGGCAACCCUUUACUCCUAUCCGUAUCCAUAUCUGUAUCUUGAAAACGUACGACGUUGUUUACUAAUCGAAUUCGUCGCAUAAUUGCGAGCGUACCUUUUUCUAGACUCCCGCGACGAAGGCUCGUCGAAGAAAAUUACGCCAGUUUCGUCUCGUUUCGUGCCGCUGCUCCGAUAAAUCUUGAUUACGAGAAAUGUAAAGAUGCGAUGGGUCCGAUUCGCGACACGAAGCGAAGCUAAACGUAACGAAACGCAAAGAUGAUCUGAAUUUCAGUUCAAACCAGGGGUAGGAAAACCAACCUCAGCUUGGUCGAGCAGAGUAGAAUCGAAUUUCGUGAAAUAGAAAAAUAUUUUACAAUUAAUAAAAUACAAAUUGAUUAGCAAAGUCAAUGAAAGUUGAACAUAUCCUUUCAUCGAAGACGAGGAAACUUCGUUUAAUAAUGGCGAAUAUCCGUGAAUCGAGAACUCGGGACUCGACCUAUGUUUUCCUUUGCGUUUUGUCCAAGGACCAAACAAGAAAAAGGACGACACGCCAACUACGAUACACUCGAUAUAAGACCGAUCGACUCUUUAACAUUGAAAAUAACGAUGUAAUUUAUAAGUUGACCCAUAACUGACAAAGUCCGCGGAAGGACCGCAGGUUCCCCCAUCCCUGGUUCGAUCUAUCGAUCAAGCGAGACCGUCAGAUUUCUUGUCUACCUCAGAUUCCCUAACGAAUAAUUUCGUUGCUACAGAAAGCUUUUGCUAACACGGGGAGAAAAAAAGCGAAACGUCUCGAACCGCUGAACGAACGAACGAACAAACGAAACGCCAAAAAAAAAAAAAAAAAAAAAGUGUAAAAAGAUCUCGGCCCGUCUUCCGAUCGACGCGUGUUUUGACAUUUUACUAGGCAUGAAACAGAUAUGCAUUUUAUCGUCUUGUUCUUGUUCGGCGCGCGAGGCGGCACGUGCUUGUCGUUUCUAAAGGUUAAUAAAGACGCGCAACAUUUGCGCGAAUAUUCUUUCGUUAGUAAGGCGAGAGGAGAUGCGUGCUGCAUUCGGAAACAGUUACCAGUAGCAGUUUGUUUGUACAUAA